AUGACGGGUGAGAUCUCCUUACGUGGACGUGUUACCGCCGUGGGUGGUAUCAAAGAGAAGCUUAUUGGAGCUCUUCGUGCCGGUGUUAAGACUGUAUUGUUACCCGCAAACAAUAGGAAAGAUAUCAAGGAUGUUCCCCAAGAAGUUAAGGAUGGUCUAGAGAUCAUUCAUGUCAGACACAUCUGGGAAGCGAUGCGAUACGUCUGGCCUGAAGCACAUUGGCCGGGCGAGGAGAAUUUUGCGGGUAUUGAGAGUCGUUUGUGA